GACACGUUGAGCAGACACCAACUGUCUACGAGGAGGUUGGCAGAGCCCGAACUAGACAAGACCCGAAUGGGACCAGUGAGGCCACUGCGGGAGGAAACACCAUCUACGCCGUCAUCUGCACCAAAACACAGGGAUCCAGCCGCCCUCCGGACCCUGGAAGCUGCACCAUCUACUCCACCAUUCAGCCCACCAGGAAGUCGUCUUCUCUCAAGAAGAAGUUGGACCCAGCUUUAGUUUCCACUGCCUACGUAGAGGUAACGGGUUCCAGACUGGUGGGGAGAGGAGCCCUGGCCCACGCGCAACACGGUCCGUCGGAGGUGGUCGGGGUUGUUGGUGGGGUGGCGUAUCUCAGCCCUAGCCUGGGAAACCGGAUGUCCUACCACCAAAUCCAUUGGCGGCGCGACAAUUCUGUAAAGAUUGCCAUCUGGGACAGCAAGGAAACUGUCCGGUACCCCAACAACAUCUACAAGGGACGCUUGGAGCUCUUUCCCAACAACACCCUAAAAAUCAGCUACCUGCAGAAAAAUGACAGCAGUGUGUACCAGGUGUACCUGGAGGACCAGGCAGGCAAGGAGCACAUCGAAAACAUCCUCCUGACAGUGUACGAUCUGGUCCCGAAGCCCACCGUGCACGCCAAAGUGAUGAGGGACGACUCGGGGAGGUGCAAAGCUACCCUGGAGUGCUCGGUGGGGCUCGAAGGGGUGACCUACGAGUGGAUCACCCCCAGCAAGCUCCUGCCAGAGGGUGCGGGUUCCUCCAAGCAGAAUGUCUCCUUCGACCCCUUGACAGAAAUCUACAUCUGCAAAGUCAGCAACCCCGUUUCAUCCAACAACGCCUCGCUGACCUACUGGCACCCUUGCUCCUGGACAGGAGAGUCCUCCGCUGCUGCGUCCUGCACCACCACCCGUGUGCUGGUGCACCUGGGACAACUCCUCCUCCUCCUCCUCUUCCUCCUCAAUCUGGCUUAA